AGGAUGGUGCAUCCGGAAUAAGGGCCCCCGCCACUUUACUGCAGCUGCUCAGUUAUGAGUGCUUAGGAGUUGGUGUCUGUCACUUGACAAACGGUGAGAUGCCGAACGGAAGCCGCUGCCCGGAUUGCGGCUCCUCUGAGCUCGUGGAAGAUUCGCAUUAUUCUCAGAGCCAGUUGGUGUGUUCCGACUGCGGCUGCGUGGUCACCGAAGGGGUCCUUACUACUACCUUCAGCGACGAGGGCAACCUCAGAGAAGUGACAUAUUCUCGAAGCACAGGGGAAAACGAACAAGUUAGUCGCAGCCAGCAACGAGAUCUCCGUCGAGUAAGAGACCUGUGUCGAAUUCUGAAGUUGCCACUAACGUUUGAGGAUACAGCAGUCUCUUACUACCAAAAGGCGUAUCGGCUGUCUGGCAUCCGCGCCUCUCGGCUGCAGAAGAAGGAAGUGUUAGUUGGAUGCUGUGUCUUAAUCACCUGCCGGCAGCAUAACUGGCCGCUCACCAUGGGCGCCGUCUGCACUCUGCUGUAUGCAGAUCCGGACAUGUUUUCCAGCACUUACAUGCAGAUCGUCAAGCUCCUAGGGCUGGACGUGCCGUCCCUGUGCCUGGCAGACUUGGUGAAGUCUUACUGCAGCAGCUUCAAACUGUUCCAGGCGUCCCCAUCCAUGCCCGCCAAAUACGUGGAGGACAAAGACAAGAUGCUGUCUCGGACCUUGCUGCUGGUGGAGCUGGCCAAUGAGACGUGGCUCGUGACUGGACGGCAUCCCUUGCCCAUCAUCACUGCAGCCGCCUUCCUGGCAUGGCAGUCUCUGCGGCCUUCAAACCGGCUGACCUGCUCUCUUGCCCAGUUUUGUAAAUUGGCUAAUGUGGACCUGCCCUACCCAGCUGCCUCUCGCCUGCAGGAGCUCCUGACCGUGCUCCUUCAGAUGGCCGGCCAGCUGGCCUGGCUACGAGUUCUAAAACUUGAUAAGCGUGCGGUGGUGAAACACAUUGGUGACCUUCUCCGGCACCGCCACAUGCUGAUCCGAAUGGCUUUUCGAGAUGGAGCAGCAGAAGUGGAGAUCAGGCAGCAGCAGCAGCAGCAGCAGGGACAAGAACAACAGGAAGAGGUGGAGGAUGGUUCCUUCGAUUUGCCCAGGAGGAAACGUCCUGCCAGUCCUGCCCUCCUCCUCCCACCCUGCAUGUUGAAGCCCCCCAAGCGGACCCAUGCCAUGCCCCCAGAAUCUGUAGUGACUGGAGAUGAGAACAUUUCUGAUAGUGAAAUAGAGCAAUAUUUGCGCACCCCUCAGGAAGUUAGAGACUUCGAGAGAGCCCAAGCUGCUAGCCAGGCAGCCAUGAGUGUCCCUAACCCUCCCUGAUGCACAUUCUUUAAGGUGUUUUCAGUUCUGACUGCAAUUUAUUAACAGGCCUGUUGUGUUGCAAGAAGUGACUGUAUAUGACCCUUGGAUAUUCCUUUCUUAAAGAAACCAA